AACUCGAUAUAUAUAUAUAUAUAGAUAUAAAUAAGAACCUCCCCUGAAUAGGUCAGAGUCCGCUAGUCCAAAAUCGCCAAAGCUUGAAAUCUGAUUGCGGCGUCUCGCGCUUCCUUCUUCCACCUUCCCCGGGUUUCACUGUGCCGAUGACUUUUCUUCUGAGAAAGAGAUCGUCAUCCAUCGCGUGCCUUCGUUUUCCCUUCAUGAACCGGGGCAGGCUUUGGCGUUCUUGGAACUUCUUCUUCCGCCACUGGACUUGACCCUACCCCCCCCAAUUAGGGUUAUCUAUUUCUUCCAUUUUUUUCCUUAGAAAAAAAAACCCGUUUCUUCUUCUCUCGCUGCCGACGAGUCUUCUUUCUCUUCGAAUCUUUCUGGCUGCUACAUUCUGAAGCACUUCAUAUUUCGGUUUUUCAUUUUCAUUUUUAUUUCUUUUUAUUAUCUGGAUGGCCAAACCAAAAAUGCCAGGGUUUCGGUUUCAACCCACUGACGUUGAGCUGAUUGAGUAUUUUCUGAAGAGGAAGGUUCGGGGUAAGAAAUUCCCUUCCGAAAUAAUUGCUGAACUUGACUUGUACAAGUUUGCUCCGUGGGACCUCCCAGAUAUGUCUUUGCUCAAGAAUGGGGAUUUGAAUUGGUACUUCUUUUGCCCUCGGGGAAAGAAGUAUUCGACUGGUGGGAGGUUGAAUCGGGCCACGGAGGCUGGGUAUUGGAAGACUACUGGGAAGGAUAGAGCAAUUGAACACAAUAAUAGAGUUGUGGGGAUGAUAAAAACACUGGUUUUUCACACUGGUAGAGCCCCUAAGGGAGAUCGAACUGAUUGGGUUAUGCAUGAAUUUAGACUUGAUGACAAGGUGCUGGCUGAUGAAGGCGUAUUGCAGGACUCCUAUGUGAUUUGUAGGGUGUACCAAAAGGAGGGUCCUGGUCCUAGGAAUGGUGCACAAUAUGGUAAACCAUAUGAGGAGAAAGAGUGGGAAACAGAUGAGGAAAUUGAUUCUGUACAAUCUGCCCCUGUUGCUGCUGUUUGUGCACCUGUUCCUAUACAACCUAGUGAAAGCCAUAUUUCCGUUGCUAAUUACAUCCAUCCCUCUACGAGUGGAUGUGCUGGAUUGACCUCUGUAUCAUGUGUAUCAGAAUUGAUGCCAUCUUGCUCGACACAUCCUUCAGCACCUAGCAAUCCAGUUGGCACUGUAUCAUGUGUAUCAGAAUUGAUUCCCUCUUGCUCGGAACCACAUCAUUUGCCAUCAAACAAUCAAGUUGGCUCUGUUUCAUGUGUUUCAGAAUUCAUGCCCUCUUGCUCAGCACAUCCUUCAGCACCAAACAGUCAAGUUGGCUCUGUUUCAUGUGUUUCAGAAUUCAUGCCAUCUUGCUCGGCACAUCCUUCAGCACCAAACAGUCAAGUUGGCUCUGUGUCAUCUGCAUCAGAAUUGAUGCCCUCUUUCUCAGACCAUCCUUCAGCACCAAACAAUCAAGUUGGCUCUGUAUCUUGUGUACCAGAAUUGAUGACCUCUUGCUCAGCACAUCCUUCAGCUCCAAAUAAUCAAGUUGGCUCUGUAUCUUGUGUACCAGAAUUGAUGACCUCUUGCUCAGCACAUCCUUCAGCUCCAAAUAAUCAAGUUGACAAUGACAUUCUAUCUUUGCUUGAUUGUUUCUUUGAAGAUGAUGACACAUUGGCUGUGAAAGAAAACAACAGAAUUGAGAACAUUGAUGAUCCUGAUCAGGCAAACAAUGCCGAUGGUGCACUGUGUUCAGAUCCAAAUGCUAUUUUUGAGGAGUUAGGAGACCUUAACAGCUUGGUUGGAUUGGGUGAAGGCAGUUUUUCCUGUGGCCAGAAAAAUGAAUAUACUACAAGCGAAAUGCUUUAUACUGUUGAUAUAUUCGGGUCUUGUGACCAUGACUUCUUGGAGUUGCUUGACCUAGAGACACCGCAGCUCUGGCUGAAUAAACAUGGAAGUGGUAGCCAAGAUAAGUAAGGCUAAAAAAUUGAGGGAAGUAUCACAGCAAAUUGAUUGAACUAUAGCCCCAAGUACCUAACCUUGAUUAGAAUAAACAAAGGAUUCUCUUCCUGUUCUUCAUUUAAAAACCAUCAUGGCACCUGUUACUUCGCAUCAUAUCAACUGACAAGAAUGUUGAUUAAAAUCUAGUUAUGUUCUUUGAUUGUGUUAUGUUUGAUUAAAAUCUAAUUAUGCUGGAAGUUGUUCCCAAAUCUA